AGGUGCUACCACACAUGCUCCGAUUGCAGUAACGCUCCGUCAUCACAGCACAGCGGCCCACUGACUAGUUAGACGCUGAGAGCGUAUUGUUCAAUUGGCCGAAUCGAAGCACACUCACAUUGUUUUUGUAGCAUUACGUGCUGCAAUUUUUCACUACCCUAUUCAUAAAACACAAAUCAGCACGAGUAUCUUGCAGUUAGUUAUCAGCUGAUAAGCGCACGAUAAGCACCGAGUAAUGAUAAACAUACAUAGACGCUCAGUCGCGAAAAAAAAUCCUAUAAAAGCUCGGAAGUGUGCGCGAAGUGCGAAUAGUGUGUACACACUCGGUAUAACGGUCAGCACAAAUGCGCUCAUAAAUGCUUAAAACCAAUAUUUUGGGUUAUCUAAUUGUGGGCUUGCUGAUACUCAUCACCGUCAUCGAGGCACAACACGAGCCACACUGGUGGGCUGAGCGGAAUACCAUCGUACAUCUCUUCGAAUGGAAGUGGACGGAUAUAGCGUGGGAGUGCGAGCGCUUUUUAGCCCCGCGCGGUUUCGCCGGUGUACAGGUCUCACCCGUCACUGAGAAUGUAGUGAUCGCCGGUCGUCCGUGGUGGGAGCGUUAUCAGCCGGUCUCCUACAAACUGAUUACGCGUUCCGGCAAUGAGACCGAGUUCGCCGAUAUGGUGCGCAGAUGUAACGCGGUAGGAGUGCGUAUUUAUGUCGAUGUGCUGCUCAAUCAUAUGGCUGCCUCGUAUGAUGGUGUCGUGUACGGCACUGGCGGUUCGAUAGCCUAUCCAAGCGCGAAGUAUUUCCCAGCUGUGCCUUUUAUAGAGCAAGAUUUUCAUUCAACGUGCGACAUACAGGACUGGAAUGAUCGUUUUCAAGUGCAAAAUUGCGAGUUGGUGCGCCUGAAAGACUUGGACCAGGGUAGUGAACGUGUGCGUACACAACUAUUGGGGUUUCUUAAUCAUCUGAUCGAGUUAGGUGUGGCGGGUUUUCGCGUUGAUGCCGCUAAACAUAUGUCGGCGGAAGAAUUAAAGCUAAUUUAUGACAGUAUGCGCGACCUCAACACCGCGCAUGGUUUCGCGCGCAAUGCGCGUCCUUUCAUCUAUCAGGAGGUCAUCGAUCAUGGUUAUGAACAGAUCAGCAAGUACGAGUACAGUCCGCUGGGCGCUGUUACGGAAUUUCGCUUCUCGGAGGAAAUAGGUGGUGCCUUUCGUGGUCACAAUCAACUUAAGUGGUUGCGUAACUGGGGUCCCGAGUGGAGUUUUCUACCUUCCGGACAUGCUUUCGUCUUCAUCGAUAAUCAUGAUAACCAACGCGAAGGUGGCAAUGUGCUCACCUAUAAAAAUGCCAAGCAAUACAAAAUGGCCAAUGCUUUCGCAUUAGCCUACCCCUACGGCAUAACACGCAUGAUGAGUUCGUACGAUUUCCAAGAUCAUGAUCAAGCACCACCAGCUGAUGAAAAUGAGCAAUUACUCUCACCGAAAUUUGACGCAGAUGGCGCUUGUGUUAACGGUUGGGUGUGUGAGCAUCGUUGGCGUCAAAUCUAUAAUAUGGUGGGCUUUAAGAAUGCAGUGCGCGGCACCGAAGUGUCAAAUUGGUGGGACAAUGGCGAUAAUCAAAUUGCGUUCUGUCGUGGAAAUCGUGGUUUCAUCGCCUUCAACGGCAAUAACUGGGAUCUGAGGGAGCGUUUACAUACAUGUCUGCCGGCAGGUGUUUACUGUGAUGUGAUAUCCGGUGCGCUUGUGGCUGGAAAAUGCACAAGUAAAUCAGUGAUUGUGGACGAAUGGGGGUAUGCCGAUAUUGAAUUGGAUGCAUAUGAGUUCGAUGGCGUAUUGGCCAUACACGUAAACGCGAAGUUGGAGCAGCGCAAAGAGCGCGAGGAAGGAAUUAUAAUUCGCAUGUUGAUCAUGGAAAUUUAUUCCGAAUGUCAUAUAUACUAUGUGUUACAAGAUCAGUAUUCAUUUGUAAAUUUAAGUGAAACCGAAACAGUAUUUUCAGAAAAAGAUUUGAGAUUUUUGUAUAUAGACGCUGCAACUUUGUCAAAGGAGCUUAUUGUAAAUAAUCCGAAUAUUAAAGUGAUAUUAAAAUUGAAGAAGAGUGCUUUUUAUUUAUAAUAACAUAUUGGAGUA